AUGCACUUCCUCUAUCGCACCAUCUCCAUGUUCUCCCUCCUCAGCAGGCUCAACCAACUCAACCGGGACAAGACCAUCGUGUACCUCAUGCAAAGCAGGAGCUUUGAUGGUGGGUUCAGGAGCAUUGCUGGCGCGGAGACUCACAUCAUGCAAGUGCACACAGUGUUCAUGUGUACGGCUGUGCUCGCAAUCCUGGAUGGGCUCGUCAUCAUCAAUCUGCCCACACUAGGGUGA